AUGGGCUCCAAAUCCGGUCUCGCCCUCAAAUUCCUACAAUGGUUCAUCAGAGGCAUUGAGUUCUGCUGCGCCGCGGUCGUCCUGGCGCUGUCCAGCUACUUCCUCGCCGCUCUGCACAACCAUAACAUCACUAUCCCGACAUGGCUGCGCGCCGUUGAGGGCAUCUCGGGCGCAGGUGUCUUGUACACCUUGGUUGGCCUACUGCUGUUGUGCUGCCUUGCUGGACACCCGUUCACCUCAUUCGUCGCCAUCGUGCUAGAUGUGGCCUUCAUUGGCGCUUUCAUCUACGUAGCCACGGCCUACAGAUCAGGAGCAAGUUCCUGCAGAGGCACUGUCGAUACCCCCUUCGGCACAGGCAACGCCAACGACACCCCUACGGGCAACACAGAUGGCUUCACGAAUCUGCCCACGUAUCGACAGGCCUGCCAAAUGGAGACAGCUUGCCUCGCUGUCUCGAUCGUUGCUAUCCUCUUUUUCAUCUUCUCCAUCCUAGUGGAGUUUGUGCUGGUCCGUCACCGUCGUAAGGAGUCACGCUUCGGCCCUAGCCCGGCCAACAACUACACCUCUGGUUACGGCCGUCGCAACAAGUUCAUGGGUCUGUUCAAGAAACGCACCACCACAGCCGAGGACCCCAACGCCCUGCCUAUGCACACCACCCCUGACCAGGUCCGCCAGAGCUACAACACUGAGAGUACUGCUGUUGGUCAUGAUCCCGCCCUGCACAACAAGUACGGCGAGUCGGGAAUGGGCCACGAUGGACGUACUGCCUACCCUGAGCAGGGCGUCACCGGGCCGACUGGCACCACUCACCCUCCCGCUGGUUACCGCUAUAACGACGGUACUUACGCUGCCUAG